GUCACCUUUCAGCAAUACUUUGUCAUGCUUCGCACUAUCCAUCGAUUAGGAUUAGUUUCCAAUGGGAGGUUUUGGGCUCAGCAAUCGCCCAUGACUGGAACUCAUGUAGGCAGGAUGUCGGUCGCAUUCUUUCAUACUGGCAGUCGCCCUAACUCACUGACAGGCUCUCCCAAUGUUGCCACAACACCAUCAAAACCACUACCUCCUCCCAUGGUUGCCACUUCAAUGCAAAGCAAGAUUGGACCCUCUUUACAAACACAACAAUCAUCAGUAAUACCACCAGCUGAGAUAAACAUAGACAAUGAGCUGGAGACAGAAGGUGUUGAAGAUAGGCACAUGUCGUCUGCGUUCGCUGAGUUUGUCCCUGUGUUACCAGAAUUAGCCCGCUCGAUGGACGAUAAUCCAAUUCUCAAACAACUUGUCAAUACGAUUAUGAAAGACGGAAAGAAAGCUCGUGCACAACGCUUUGUGGCAGAUACACUACUAGAAAUUCGAUCUAGAACUCAAUCGGAUCCUUAUCAAGUGAUCUUGGAUGCGCUUGAGUUGGCUAGUCCUAUUCUGAAAUUGACGCCAAUUAAGAAAGGUUCUAAGGUAUUGCAGGUCCCUAAUCCGAUGACAGAGAGGCAAAGACGUAGGAAGGCAAUCGUAUGGAUUUUAGAGGCCAGUGACAAACGAAAAGGCGAGAAGAAGUUCAAGGAUAGGCUGGCCAGUGAAUUUUUGGCUGUGGUAAACGGUAACAGCGGAGCAUUGAUCAAGAAAAAUCAACAACAUAAAAUGGCGUUGGCCAACAGGGCUAAUGCAUCAUUGAAAUAUUAAAAAUCUGCAAUUUUAGAAAAC